UAUCAGGACUUAGCUGAGGUCCCGCGGCCGAGGCCGUUUGGGCCGUUAGAUCUUGAAGGGGUGUAGGGCUCAGGCGACGCCCAGGUUCCCCCAGCACAGCGAGACGAGAGUUCAGCGCCGGGGGCUGGAAGCUAGGAGUUAGAAAUGGAGUCAACAUAUCUUCAAAAGCACCUUGGGACAUGUCUAACUCAAGGUCUUGCAGAAGUGGCAAGAAUUCGCCCAGUGGAUCCAAUAGAAUAUUUAGCAUUGUGGAUUUACAAGUAUAGGGAAAAUAUGAUCAUGGAGAAACUGAGACAAAAGGAAAUGGCUGACUUGGAACAUGAAAGAGAACUAGCUCUGAUGGAGCAGGAAAUGAAUGAGAGGCUUAAAGCAGAGGAGCUCAUGUUUCAGCAGCAACAGCUGGCCUUCCAGCUGGAGUUGGAAAUGCAAGAAAAAGAGAGACAGAAAAUAGAAGAACUACAGAGAGCUCAAGAACUUUUGGAGUCGGAAAUGGGAAUGGAUAUGGAAAACAUAGCUAAGGAUGAAGAUACUUCAUCUGUAGAGGAUACAGUAGACUCAGGUAAGACACUAGCUGAAAUUAGUGAUCGAUAUGGGGCACCUAACUUGAGCAGAGUGGAAGAACUUGAUGAACCAAUGCUAUCUGAUGUUGCAUUAAAUAUAGAUCAAGAUCUUUAGGAUCAGCCAAACUAAGAG